UGCUGUGCUCUCUGACCCCAGUGGCAGCGAGCGUUUAUUGCACUCGUCUCUCUCGGGCUCUCCCUCUUCCCACGUCGAGGCUGUUCUCUCUCUCCUGUCUCCCUCCUUCCUCGUCCGUCGCAUUUCAGUGAGAGCGCUAGUGGAGAGAGACCCCGGGGGUCGAAGGUUCUGCCCUGGCCACCGCGACCUCAACCCCUCACGGCUUCCGAAAUAUCCGAUGACCGUCGUCUUUGACACAUCAGCGGACAACCCCCCGAGCGGUUUUGGGCCAAAAGAGAAGAUCCAAGCCUUGGGACUAAAGGAUGCUUGCUUACCGGAUCUGCACUGCACCACUGUGACCUGCUCAUGCCCCAUCCAGAGGUGCCAUGGCUCGCAGAAUAUCCUCCCAGGGGAAGGUCACCAUCUCCGUGGAUGAGUACAGCUCCAACCCAACCCAGGCCUUCACCCACUACAACAUCAACCAAAGCCGCUUCCAGCCCCCUCAUGUCCACAUGGUAGAGCCACUUCCCUACGAUGCGCCGAAGUCUGUGGAUCAUACACGUUUCGUCUGCGUCUCAGACACACACUCAAGGACAGAUGGAAUCCAGAUGCCUUUCGGCGAUGUGUUGCUUCACACGGGUGACUUCACUGAACUCGGCCUACCGUCUGAAGUGAAGAAGUUUAAUGACUGGUUAGGCAGUCUUCCCUACGAGUACAAAGUUGUCAUCGCUGGAAAUCAUGAACUUACCUUCGAUAAAGAUUUUAUGUCGGAACUCGUAAAGCAGGAUUACUACCGUUUCCCCUCAGUGUCCAAGCUGAGGACUGAGGACUUUGAUGACGUUCAGUCCCUCCUUACAAACUGUGUGUACUUACAGGACUCUGAGGUCACCAUUAAAGGAUUCAGGAUAUACGGGACUCCGUGGACCCCGUGGUUUAAUGGAUGGGGCUUUAACUUACCUCGUGGCCAGUCUCUCCUCGAUAAGUGGAACCAGAUCCCUGAAGAUGUAGAUAUUCUUAUGACACAUGGGCCUCCUCUGGGGUUCAGAGAUUGGGUCCCAAAAGAACUUCAGAGAGUUGGCUGUGUGGAACUACUCAACACCGUACAAAAGAGGGUCCGACCCAAACUCCACGCAUAUGGCGGAAUCCAUGAAGGGUAUGGUAUAAUGACAGAUGGCUAUACAACAUUUAUCAACUCCUCCACAUGUACAGUCAGCUUCCAGCCUACCAAUCCACCAAUCAUAUUUGAUCUCCCCAACCCAGGAAACUCCUGAGACUCAUUAAACCCCACCCCUUUUUCUACAUAACUUUUCCUUACUUAAAAUUAAUAGUCUUUUUGUACUGCUUGUAUUUAAAAAUGCAUGGAAAUGUAAUAUUUUUUUUUAAAGUCGGAUUGAAGCCGACACCAUUUGAAUGACUAUUGUAGGUAAAGAACAAGUUGUGAAUUCAUAUUUGUAAUUUGUUUGCAUCAGUUGCCUUCUGUUUUUUCUUUUUUAUUGGUCAGGAUCUUAAAAAGUGCAUUAUAAAGGUACUCCCAAAAGCGUCAGCAAUACUUGACCAUGUCUUAUUUAAUAUUAAUUGUGCUUUGUAAAUUUAAUAUAAACUUAUUUAAAGUUAUGAACUCUUUGUGUGGUGUAUUCAAUUUUGGAUUUAAAUGAGUAAGUGCGUACUUCACCCCGUCAAAGGGUUCAAUGGGUCUGAUAUUUAUUACUCCAAUCAGACUUCGCUCUUUUCUCAUCAAGAAGACACAUCUUUAUCUACCAGGCCAUUAAACACCAUAAGACAAGCAUUCUUCCUUUCAACAUAAAAUAGAGUGGCACAGUUUAUCAAAAGAUGGAAGCGAUUGUGUGUUGUGAAUUGAAUUUCGCAUUAUUGCUGUGCUGCUUUUGUCCUACAAUUACAGUUUAGAAAAGGCUGAAUGUGCAAAUUCUCCAGAUCAUAAAGAUACUGUACCUGGUCUGAUUUUGCAUUUAGCACAUAUUAAAAGUGGACGAGAACUUUCAAUAUAAUUGGGUCUGCCUCAGGAGAUAUACAGAGAUAAAUCUGGUAUCUCUCUGUAAAGAUUCAAACACAAUUGUUUAUCCCAGAUUUGCAAUAGCUUCUUAUUCUAUUGGUUUCAAAACUGGAAAUGACAUUACAACACUAAGCCAUUUCAUUUCUCAUCUCCAUUUUUAGUUGUUGUAAUAAUGUGCAUUGUAUAUUUCACUGUGGAUCUGCAAUCUUGUGAGCACAAAAAAGUUUUCUGUAUUUUCUGCUAUUGUGAAUGCUUUCUUUAUAUGUUUUGUGACUUUUUUAUCCAUUGUGACAUUUAGCCAAGUUUAUAUGCAAAUAAAACUGCAAGAUUUUUAUCUGAUGUCUGUCAUUUAUCUUUUUGUCUUGCAAGUCAGUCAAA